GUAGGUGUGGCUCAUCAGCAGAAAAGCGCGAGCCGUUUCUUUUUCCUGGUAUCUUAUGCUCUCUGCUUUCCCCAUUCUUUCACUCUUCAGGUUUAUUUACGUUUCUAUCAAGAAGGAUUUUGGCUGUUUUAAAAUGGAGGGCGAGAUUUGAACUGGACCGUGGUAGCUGCUGCUGAAUAAAGGUCCAUCUAAACUUAUGGCGUCUCUCAGCAACAGAAAGAGAGGGACGGUGACUUCUAAUGACUGUGGUAAAGAGAAACAAUCCACUUCACUAGAAGUAGUUUCGUCAGAGAAAGGUACGGCAGGUGAAAGACUACCAAGGGCAGCAAAGAGAAGAAAGAAUACCACCGAUUCGACAAACCAGACAACAGAAAUCACCUCUCUUCCUCAAAAAAUAAGUGUCAAUCAACUUGAAAGUGUACCAGAAUCAAGCAACACUAAUAACAGAGCCUCAUCAAACCGUCCCGUAAAGAGACAAGCAUGGACUUUGGUUGCCAUCAACUCUUUCUUUGAAGGACUAGCAGAACAUGGAAAGGCAUUUGAGCGUAUUUUGACUUUCAUGCAAAAGAAGCAAAAUAAGAAACAGACUGAUCCUUCGAUAAGUAACCUAGGAAGAAACCAAGUUCGAUUCUUUUACUACAGAACCUGGCACAAAGUCUCUACGAUUCUAAUUAAAGCUCAGAAAGAACUCGAACUUCAAAGCCCAAACAAAGGUGGGAUAGCUCAAGCUCCUUCUUUAGCAAAAUCAAAGAAGGUCAAAGUGAACUCUGACGAUGAAAUCGAAGGAGAAAUGACAGAGGGAGAUGUUCCCUUUGACACCUCUCUUGAUGAAGGGGAGGAGCUUGCAGAUAAGCCCCUCCUACCUACAAUAGAAGAGGAGACGACCUCGUCUUUAUUACAAGACACUGCUUCUCCUUACAACAAUCCCAGCUCUGUAGAGGCCGAUAUAGAGUGUGAUAAAGAUACUCCUUCUGUUUCUGGCCCUGCAAGGCUCGGCAUGGCAGGCACUACCAGUGACAGCAUUAGUCAAAAUGACUGUAUCCUUUAUUCUCAUCCACCUCCUCUUGGGAAUGAAGUCACUGUUGAGACAGAGAAGGUUAUGACUGUCAGUAGCAAGUCAGACAAGAAGAAAGAAGCAAGUUACCCAAUGGUGAAGGCAAACGGAGAGUGGCACUCACUGGACCUGGUGGCUAUGCUCUGCUAUAGCAAACUGAAACAGAAAUACAAAGGUGAUCGCUCAUCAUUUGGCAAGAAGCUUCAUGAGCUUGUUUAUCAAGGGAAUACUACAAUUAAGAUUAAAGGAAAGAGAAAGAUACAAUACACACUCAAAAUACCAAACUGUCCAGCAUUAAGGACUAACACAGCAGCUCCUGCUUGUAACAAGAACCAACCAUCAGAGAAUACAAGAAUGAACGACUUUCCUGAAUCAACAGACUCUUCAACUCUUACUAUUCAGCUCUUGCCACUCAAUUCUAAUACUUGGGAAUAUGUCCAGUCCCUCUCUAUAAACCCAAGACUACGCUUGACUAUCCCUUUAACAAGAACAGUUGGUGAAUUACUUGAAUUUGUUGGAGAGAAGUGGCAUCUUCCUUUGAAAGGUGUUUUUCAGUUAAUUAGACUCUACAAAACGUCAGAGCUUCCUGCAAUGCCAGAUGAGCAUUCACCUUUAUCACUGACAGCAGAGAUGACUGUUAGACAGCUCAAAGACAUGGUAGCAGACGAAAGUCAUAAACAUAAGAUUUCAUUGCAGUAUGAUCUUUCCCAUCACUCAGAUUCUCUAAUGACAAAUCGUUCUGGUUCAUCAUUUCUAAUGGCUUUGUUGGAUUUCUUUCAAUCCACUAAUGCCAGUCCGGUCCCCUCCAGCCCUAAUGUUCCUCAUCAGUCUCCCCAUCUCUCUCAGUCUACUCCUUGUUCAUCUCCAUCUCAUUCUAUCCUCACAUCAGUAGCUACCACAGCAACACCUCCUGCUCCUAUUUCUAUUCCUCCCUCUCCUUCUCCUCCUCCUCUACCUCCUCCAGUUGUUUCAGUGCCUCCUCUUUCUCUCCCUCCUCCUCUUCCUCCUGCUAAAGAGCAGAUAGCAACUGAUGCUAUCAUUCCUAGUAGUUCUGCUCCAGUCAAUACACAUGCAGCUACCACUCCACCUCCUGUGGUGCCUUUUGGUGUAACUACAUGCAGUCCUCCUAAUCCAAAGAAAGCUACUCCUUCUCGUAGCUGUUCUACUCUUGUAUUUAGUCCAACUGUGCGUCAGUAUUGGGAGUCCAUUUCAAAGAAAAGCCCCCUUCGCUCUGUAUUGAAGUCUCCGCUACAGAAAUAUAAGAGGCUUAGUAGGACUUGUCUUACUAGCCCUAACUCGAGGAACUCUCACCAUCAAAUCAGGAAGCCUGUCAAGAGGACGCGUCUUGAUUUUUCUGAUAUUUCAACAUCGAGUGCCACUGCUAGUACACCACCUUCCUCAUCAAGUGCUGUGACCAGGAGCCAAUCCUCAAUACAGCCAAAGCAAUCAACUGUCACUUCUUCUUUAGGUUUGCAAAAGCUUCCUUCAACAACCAAACAAAAGCACCACCAGUCAAGAAUAGCCCCUGUUGUCUAUGACCUAACUUUUUGCAGGAAGCAGCAAGAGAAAGGUUUCUCAUUGGUGAGGCUAAACAAUGAGAAAGCAAAGCAGUCAAAUGCCCAGAAACCAGAAAAGCUUCAUCAUCUAGUGACUGUGCCAAAAGCGACUUUCUCUACUGGUUCUUUUUCGACUGUGAGACUCUCAAAUCUCCUCCAGUCGGUGCAGGAGAAUCUAAAAGACUCUGAGUCAAAUCCAAAACUGAUUCAACCAGUUACCAGCUCAUUGCCUACUCCUACAGCUAGCAGUGGGGUUAAUGCUAUUGCGAAAACUCCUGUAACAAAAGCAGUCACUUCAGUUGUACUACAGGAUAUAGCAUCACCCAGUGAACUCAAAGAUGCAAUAAUGGCAACAACAAAGACAUCCAAAGAACAUGCUCCAGCUGCAGUGACAAAAGCACAGACUUUAGUAUGUCCCCCUCAACCUCAGUCUUCUGUUGUAGAUCCGUCUCCAUUGCAACUUUAUGCAUCUCAGGUUGCUUCAUCACAGCAGUCCAAGCCACCAAGUACCAAUGUCUGUGUGACUCCAUUGUCAUCCUCAACAACAGUUGUGACAGCCAGUGCACCAAUGACCACCAGGAACUCUCUCCUAACAACUUACCUUGACAGGAAAUUAACAAGACGAAGAGCAAUAUUAAAUCCUUCAUCAAAACACUCUCAGAGACCAGUUAUUCCCAAACCUUUGCAAUAUUUUUCAAACCCAGAGAUGGUGAGUUUAAUGUCAUCUCCACCAAACAAUGUAGCAACUCCUUCAAUUGGAGGAUUGACUCCAAUGUCUCUUCUGAUGAGUUCUCCUACAAGCAGUAACACUUCAACUUCACUAACACAGCAGCAAUAUGGUGCAUCAUUGACUUCUCCCUCAAGCUCCUUAGCCACUGCUAAUAAAUACUUGACUCCUCGACAUUCAGUUGCUCCUAAUCCUGGAUCAAUAACUAAUGAAACACUUAGUACUUCAGCUUCUGCUCUCUUGAAUUCAAUUUUACCUCCUCCUCCUAGGUCUUCUCUUCCGCCUCCAUCUCUCCCUCCUUCAUCUUUUCUUUCUUCUCUUCAAAAAGCUGAGAGCCCCUCAUCAACUGCAUCAGUUUCAACAGGAGUCCCUCCACAGUCCCUCAAUCAUCAGGCAUUGCAGGAGCAAUUGACCAGCCUCUUGCUUAACAUGCUCAUGUCUCAGCAGCAGCAAAUGAGACUCCCUCUGCAGCAACAGCAGCAAGUUCAGGCUGUACUCAACUCACUGACUCCUUCAGUGAGUAUUCCUAAUGCUAGCAGCACUACUGGUAGUUUUAGUACCAGUACCAGUCAAGUUACAACAGUACCUGCUAAAGGGAUAAAGAAUCCUCCAGUGGUGACAUUACCUAGUGCUGUCAAUUCAGAUAUUCCAUCAGUACUGGAGGAGAUUCCAUCAUCAUCAGUGUUGCCCCAAAUUAGUAUGGACAGUGUUCAGACUUCAGAUACAGUCAAUGAGCUAUUACGAGGCUUAACUUCCAGUGAUCAACAAGAGCAGCAGUCACUAAAGAGACUCUCUGAAGAAACUGUUGAUGUACUGCCAACAUUUGCCAGGGCCAUGAUGCAAAUGUCUUCAUCUGCUCCACCAACCAGUAGCACUGCACCAGUGACUGCUAGCACAGUGGAACAGACUGGACCCGCACAAAAUGAAGAGUUCCUCUUGUCUUCAAAGCAGCCUCCACUGUUAAGUGAUGAAGGGCAUAUUUCCAAUGAUAAUAGUUUGAUGCAGUUAAUUAAUGACGAGGAACUGGUCAACAAUACUUUCAGUGAUUCAAGUUUGAAGCAUAUAAUGGAGAAUGCUGAUUUUACUGACAUGUUUUCUCAGCUGCGUGAUAUACUAAAGACUCCUGACAAGAGAUCGAGUGGAUCGGCUAGUUUAAACAGCAGAGAAGAAAGCAAUAGGACAAGUCCUUCUUCAAUGCUACCACCACCACCAGUGGUAUCUCAGUCACAGUUAGAGAAUGCAGAAGCACCUCAUAGAGAAGUAUCAGACAUUUUCAAUUCACCUUUUAAAAUAAGAUCACACAAUGAGUCUACAGCAGUCAGGACAUUGCUUGAAGACACCAGUGUUGAUUAUAUAAAUAAGUUUAGAGAGAUGGCAUCGGCUAUGAGUCAAACUGCCUCUCAACCUGAUUUCAAUCAUGCAACCUCUUCUUCAUCAGCUUCAUCAUCAUCAUCUUGAUUAUGACUGGACUCAGUGCAGUGUUGAUUUUGCUUUCCUUUGUGUUCAAAGAACCGUUUGUCAUUCACUUAACAUUUAUUUAUGUUGACAUUCAUUUAUGGAAAGAUUUUUACUCAGUUGUCAUUAAAGAGCUAAUAA